AUGUUAGAGUUUUACAUGUUAUUCAUGUACUACUGUGAAGCUAACAAUGUGCAGAUAUUUGUAAGUCACACAGGAGCAGCACGAUCAGCCGUGGACAAUCUGACAAAAUCUUUGUCCUUGGAGUGGGCGGCCUCAGGGGUCAGGGUCAACGCUGUAGCUCCUGGUGUAGUUUACUCCAAGACGGCAGCAGCUAACUAUAGUACUGAUAUAUUGGGGCAGUACAUUCCUCAUAUACCUGCUAAACGUUUAGGGACCCCUGCAGAGGUAUCAGCAGCUGUCUGCUUCCUUCUCUCACCUGCUGCUGCUUUCAUUUCUGGAGAAUCUCUUAAAGUAGAUGGCGCUGCCAGUUUAUAUAGUUCACCUUUUCAAAUACCAGAUCACAAGAAUUUACCAGCAUACGAUUGGGAAACUGGAGAUCCAGAAAACACAUCAAAUAAACCAAAGUUAUGAUAGUAAAGUGAAGGCAAAGACAAUCUAAUAUAUAUUUGUGAGAAUAAGAAUGCAUGAAUUUAUGGUAAAUUUAACGCUGUUAAUAAAUUUAAUGGUUGUAGAAAAGGU